AGCAGUUGCCGGUGUCUGCACAGAUGGCGGUGAGCAGCAUCCGAAGCCGCACGCCGCGCAGCGCUCGGCUCAGAUGUCGCGAUGACGGCGGCGAGGAAAACGUCACAUUGGAUCUUUGCAAAGACCCAGCAGACAAUAUUCUGGAAAUUCUUAAAAAUGUCACAAAGCAGAAAGGAGUGUCUCCCAUGUGUAAGCUUGCUCACUUAAACAACUUUGUAAAGCUUCUUGGCAGUGUUGGUCUUUCUGAAGAGAAGCUCGGCUUUACACAGGAGCAGAUAAUUAUUUGCCUGCGCCUAGUCUUGCUGCAUGAAGCUAAAGAAGUGCGGGCCGCUGGGCUGCGAGCCCUACGGCACCUCAUCACUGACAGCAGCACACUUGAGAAGGUGCUGCAUCUCAAGGUCGAUUAUCUCAUAGCAAGAUGCAUUGACAUUCAGCAAAAUAAUGAAGGAGAAAGGACACAGGCCCUCAGACUGGUUCGAAAAAUGAUCACUGUAAAUCCACUGCUGUUUCCUUCGUCUAUCACCAACUCACUCAUCGCUGUAGGCAAUGAUGGACACAAUGAGCGCGACCGUCUGUCCCGUGCCUGUGUGGCCAUCAUUUGUGAACUGGCGCUGAAAAACCCUGUUGUGGUCGCGCAGGCGGGUGGCCUCAGCACCAUCCUGAAGAGCGUGACUGACUGUCAGCUGAGUCGCAUCAAUGAGGCUCUGAUCACCACCAUCCUCCACCUCCUCAACCACCCACACACACGCCAGUUUGUGCGCUCUGACGUAGAGUUUGAGCAAAUCCUGGCUCCAUAUACAGAUUUUCACUACAAACACAACGCAGACGUGGAGGAGGGGCAGUCAAAGGAAGACAGGGAGACUCGAUUUAUGGCCAGCAAAAUGUCUAUAGUGGCUUCAUUUCGUUCCUGGUCAGGUAUCAUUAACCUAUGUAAGUCAGGCAGCACUGGGAUUCAGUCCCUGAUUGGGCUCUUGUGUAUACCAAACAUGGAAGUGCGGAAAGCUUUGUUAGAAGUUUUAUAUGACAUUUUUCAUUUAACGAUACCUAUCCCCAGCAUGAACUUUAUGGAAGCUCUUAGCAGUGUAGACCCAAGCAGAUUUCAGGACAGCUGGAGGUUGUCUGAUGGGUUUGUGGCCUCUGAAGCAACAGCACUUCUUCCACACAGAUCAUGCUCAAGGCCAGACCUGAUGCACAACUAUCUGGCUUUUGUACUUUCGGCUUUCAUCAAGAGUGGUUUGUUAGAGGGUUUGGUGGAAGUGAUUGCAAGCAGUGACGAUAUUAUAUCUAUACGGGCUACCAUUUUAUUGAAAGAGCUGCUUAAUAUGGCCAACCGUAUUCUUCCACACAGCCAAAGUCUCCAUCUGCAUUGCUUACCCACCCUCGUCAAUGUCGCUGCCUCUUUUGAUAUCCCGCAUGACAAGCGCCUGCGAGCAAGUGCUGCGGUCAAUAACAUGAAAUGCUUCCACGAAAAGAAGAAAGUUCAACCUAAACCCUGUAGUCUGUAUUUGGAUCACAUCCUGCGUACAUCAGGGGCAUCACACUACACUCGUGACCAGCACUGCAGACUUCAGAAAGACAUUUUUAUCAUCAAGGACACUGAAGAUGCUUUGAUGACCACAUUAAAGGAAAGCCAUAUCCUCAGUCACAAGGAGAGCUUGGAAUGGGACUGGAGCCUGAUUGGAACAAUUUUAAAGUGGCCAAAUGCAAGCCUUCGAAGCAAUAAAGGUGAACAGAUGCACAUAUUUGUGCGUCGAUUGCUGUUUUUCUACAAGCCCAGUAGCAAUAUUUUCUGCAGUCUUGAGUUGGAUAAUCCUAAGGCGAGACAGAUCACAGUUGUUGGCUGCCAGUUCAUUGAGUUUCUCAUGCAAUCUCAAGAGGAGGGCAAGGGCUUUUUGGAAGAUUUGGUGAGAGACAUUGUCCAGUGGUUGGUCUCCUACCUUGCUCCUAGAUCCGACCAGUGCAUGCAGAGCAAUAGUCUUUUAACUACACUCAGUCAGUACUACCUCCUCUUCUUGGGCACCUUGUCAGCUUAUCCACGUGGAGUCAAAAUGCUUGAAAAGUGCAGCGUCUUCCAAUGUUUGCUCAAUCUAUGUACGGUGAAGAACCAAGAGCACCUCCUGAAGCUAACAGUCACCUCUUUGAACUACAGUCGGGACGGGCUUUCACGUGUCAUUCUGUCCAAAAUACUCACAGCUGCUGCAGAUUCUUGUAGGUUAUAUGCCACAAAACACCUGCGUGUGCUUCUGAGAGCAAAUGUGGAGUUCUUCAGUAGUUGGGGCAUUGAGCUGCUGGUCACCCAACUUCAUGACAGCAGUAGGGCAGUUUCAGUGGAGGCCUUGGACAUACUGGACGAAGCCUGUGGAGACAAGGCUAACCUCCAUGCUCUGAUUGAAAUGAAACCUGCACUUACUCAUCUGGGGGACAAAGGUCUUCUGCUGUUGUUGAGAUUUUUGUCGAUUCCAAAGGGCUUUGCCUAUCUCAGUGACAAAGAAUUUGUUACAUACCAGAUGGAAAAGUGGCAAAAGUCCUAUAACCUGAGGUAUGUGGACAUCAUUGAGGAACAACUCAAUGAGGCUUUGACCACAUAUCGAAAGCCUGUAAAUGGGGAUAAUUAUGUCCGGCGCAGCAAUCAAAGGAAACCUAAGCCUCAUGUUUACCUCCCUGUGCAUUUGUACGGCCAGCUUGUUCACAGUAAAUCUGGCUGCCAACUUCUGGAAUCUCAGAAUGUUGUGUAUGAUCUAAGCUGCCAUGUAAGAUCUCCAAACUUAGAUCACUGGGAUGGAAUCAAACAACUGAAGGCUGCGCUCUGGGCUUUAGGCAAUAUAGGCUCCACAAACUGGGGUUUGAACCUGCUGCUGGAGGAGAGUGUGAUUCCUGACAUUGUAGCCCUGGCCUAUCACUGUGAGGUUCUCUCCAUUAGAGGGACAUGUGUGUAUGUGCUGGGGUUGAUGAGUAAAACCAAACAUGGCUGUGAGGCACUGAAGCAGGAGGGCUGGGACUCAGUGCGCCACAGUCGCAGCACCCUGUGGCCUGUGGUCCCAGAGGAGUUUGAGGCACACCUCAAACCAAUCACCCUACACCACACCAGCUCUGUGCACAAUGGUACAGAGGCUGGGCAUCCAGGUAUAACACUUAAUAUUGAGAAGGUGGAAAGUGGAGAGUUUCUUGAAAAAGCCUUGUGCAAACUGAUGGACCCAACUUCAGACAAUCCUCAGACAUUGAGUUGCCUCCACUCUUUUGGAGAUCACGCACUUCUUUUAUACAGAAAUGGGAAUGAAUCCCAAGAUAGCUCAACUGAUGAGAUAGAUGUAUCAAAUGAACACACUCCUCUCAGUGGAGAGACAGAAGUAAAACGGUCAGGUGAGAAGAGUAAGGAGGCUUUGGAUAUUGAUCAUUUGAAGAUACGCAGUCAGAGUCUGAACAUAGGCCCUGCCACCAGCCAUGUUAGCUCCUUCAGUGAAUUAAGAGAAAACCUGGCAUCUAGCACUGACUGUCUCUGCCCAAACAGCAUGACAAACAACCAGACUCUCUUACACCCACAGUCUCUGAACCCAGCUCCUCUGACCCUCCUCAAGUCCUGCUCCACUUCUCUGGUCCCUCCUGGGGCAUCACAUACUCUGCCACGCAGGGCCCAGUCUCUCAGAUCCCCUUCUGUUAACCCACUCAGCAGCAGUAGCCUUAGAUUCCUCAGUGCCCACUAUGCUUACACCACUCCUCGUGAUGCCCUGGGAUAUGCCACCCUCAGGAGGCUGCAACACCAGCGCAUUCAGCCUUCUUUGUCCCAUGGUGAGGCACUGGUGUCUCCAGCGAAAGACAUACUAUUCGCUGAUGCCAUCACCAUGAACACAGGCAGCCUAGACUCCAAGCUCACCUCAAAGAGAUUCUUAAAAGCUAUGAGUUUUGCAUCUCAUGACAAGGAGAAACUACUAAGUCCAAUUAACCAAAGCACACUGCAGUGUUCCACCUCUGUCCGUUCUUUAGUGUCCACCUCCUCUGAGGAUUACAUUGGGCUUGCUUUACCUGUUGAUAUAAACUGUAUGUUCCAGGUCAGAGAAACCCCAUAUUUCCAAGAAAUGUCGAGCCCUUCCCCUGAAGUUCGUUGUGCCAAACAUUCCUCUGGUGACAGUGGCUUCACCAAUGGACUUCAGCCAGCAAGGCCCCACUUUGCUGACCUGGUGGCAGUGAGUUUGUCAGACCCACUUAAGAUGCUGGACUCAGAGGACACUGGUCUCCAGGAACACAAUGAUAACAAUUGUCUGUAUUGUGCUGCCCUCUGCAAGCUUGGCUCUAACUCUCACAGCAGCUAUCCAGAUCUAUCUGAAGAGGCUGCUGAUGCAGAGAGGGCCACUCCACCUCCAACAAACUACGUAGAGAUAGACACCUUGCCCAUAUCCAACCGGACACAAGAUAUUUGCAGUGAUGGGAUGUCCCAUGGAUCCACUGGCAGUGGACACAGCACAGAGAUUGUUUUAGAAGGAGAAAAGCCUAUGUCCGCAGACACUCCAGCUGGUAGGGUCCUCUACAGGAAAGAGGUGCUGCGUCUAAUUAUAAACCUCAGUUCAUCUGUGGGAACCAAAAACCAUGAGGCCAACCUCUUAACGAUAAAAGAGAAGUUCCCAUGUGCCUUUGAUGACAUUUGUCUAUACUCAGAGGUGUCGUACCUGCUCGCACACUGCACUUUUCGACUGCCAUCUCGCCGUUUCAUACAGGAGCUUUUUCAAGAUGUGACAUUUUUACCUAUGUAUGCAGCUGCAGAGAGUGUUCUGUCCAAGACAACAAAAGACAUCAAGCCCACAUUCUGAAUAAUAAUUUCACUUAUUGUUGAGUCAACUUUCACAACACAUGUCCUAAACAUGAAGACCUUUUACAAAGCAAUUUCAAGUUAAAUAUAAGCAAUAAUAGAGAUACAAAUGUUCUCCACACACAACUCUUCUAACUGAUGUUCACUUGUUCUGUGCCUUAAUUUUGCAGAUAAUGUAAGAUUAUAUAAAAGCCCACUUUGUAACUUUUUGAUGGUUUGCCUAACAUCUGCUUUUCUUCAUCGACACUGAUGGGAACCUUCUUGGCAAAGCAACAACAUCUCCAUGGGACAAGCAGGCCAAGUUAUGAGUCAGCUAUUUGGAUGUUUGUGAAGGUAUAUUUGAGUAUUAAAAACACCACUAAUCAAAUGUAAUUCAUUGACUGAAAUGUUAGGAAAUGGGGCUGUAACUUAUAGCUUUAUAUUAAGCCGAACACCUUGAAUGCCUUAUUUAAAACAUAGAAAAUGAGACAAGUACUGAUAAUGUUUGAAACAACAUUAUCAGAAACAACUAGUAACUUACGAGAGAACCGUGAUUGAAGUAAUUUGUGUGUUAUGUUAAUCCUCUUCCUCUCAACAUUCAGGGCAUUUACUGGUGUAUUAUAUUUCAUUACUUCUCUAAGCUGUUGUAACAGGCUUUUAUUUCAUAAACUUUGAUGAAUCUAUAUUUUUAACAUCAGUAAAAUUAUUGGAUAUAUUGUU